CAAAAAAACGUGGAGUCUUCCAUUCUUGAGUCUAAAUCGACGCGAUUCUCCAAGUAUAAAUAUCUGCCCCUAUCGUUCUGUAAUCUCUCGAAGGUUCCAAUAUUUGCGGCGAUUCACAGAGCAUCUACAAAGGGAGAAUUCCGGGAAGAAGUUUCCGGCGACGAUGAAGCCAAUGACGGUGGAUUACCUGGCGGACCUAGAGGAUCAAGGAUCAACAAUGGCGAUGGACAUUGAUGACGUGGAGGCUCUCGAGAUUUUCGGUGAAGGUCCUUUAUUAGGUUCCGACCACCUCCGUCUCGCUGACGCUGAUUUCUUCAAUUCCUUUCAAGAUGACUUUGAUGAUUCCGACAUCAGCUGAAAAUUUGGAAUUUAGGUGCUUCCCUAGGAUAAAUCACUAGUUAAUAACGGUUCGUUUAUAGUUA